AUGUGCUCCACGUCUAUGCUUUGCGUCCCUAUGUCGCCCUCGUUUCCCCCUUACCUCUCUAUCCCUUUACUCACUCAUGUCCAAAUCCCCCUUCAUCUCCAGCUUCUACUCGAUGGCUUGUCGUUGAAUUUGGCGAAAAGAAAAAAGGCUAAGCUGCCUCGACUUGUCCUUCAGUGUUCUUCGAGUCUAAAUCUCUUCAAAGACCCUGCCGAAUUGGAGCUAGCCACUAUAAUACGGCCGUUGGUACAGUGUCGACUGCCCGCUCAGCCUGUUGAUGGCAAGCCUACUGUAGAGCUGGACGGCUAUUCGAGCAGUCUUCACUCCGUCUCCGAUGCCAACGGCCCCUCUCCUCCAUGGUCGUCUGGAGGCGAACAUCAUGGCAAACCACCGUUGAUGAAGAGUAACCCCGACCCCGUGGAUACCAUGUAUCUGGAGCACUGGCUCUGUCAUCUAUGUCCGAGUCCUGAGAAGAAGCUGCUUCACCGCAAGACCCUCUGGCCCACAGUCAAGGUGAUGUAUUGGUUCAAUUGCUGGGGUUCCCAGCUUGCUAGGACCUUACCACUGGAACAUACGGGACUCCAACACACCACAGUGUCUUCAUGCGGCCUUGCGCGCGGCCUAUCAUUACCGACAGUUUGA